AUGGAUAGUAACAUGUCGACUGCCGCCUUCAUGCACCGGUCCGGUGGUUCAUCCGGCACGAACAGUGCUGGAAUGGUCCCAUCGACCGGUGGAGGUCCUGGGAAUCCAACAGGAGGCGGCAGGAUGGCCGUCAUCGGUGUGACGAGGAACGUUCGGCUACGGAGAAGAGGAGCCUCUGGUUUUGGCUUCUCUCUGCGCGGAGGCAGAGAGUACGCGGCAGGAUUUUACGUGAGCGACGUGCAACCAGGAAGCGAGGCGCAUAGAAACGGACUGAGGGUCGGCGACCAGAUUAUAAGGGUGAACGGGUAUCCGGUGGAGGAUGCUGUCCAUCAGGAAGUCGCGCUUCUCGCAAAAACCCAACAAGUGCUCGUCCUCAAGAUUCGAAGCGUGGGAAUGAUUCCUGUGAAAGACAAUCCGAACGAUCCGGUCACCUGGCACAUGGUGCAGCAGCAACAGCAGCAGCUACAGUACAACGAAACUGGUUUGGGCGCCAUUCCGAGCACCGAAGUCAGGAUUCGAAUUCUCGUCGGUGAGAAGGGACGUCUCGGGUGUGGCGUUUGCAGAGGCAUCGUACCAGGCCUCACUGUUCAGGGUACCAGAGACGAUGGGCCGGCCAGAGCAGCAGGAUUAAAAGCCGGCGACGUGAUAAUUUGGUGCAACGGGCAAAGAUUCACCGAUCUUCCGUUCGAAAGAGCCAUCGAGGUAAUGAGAAGCUCCGCCGUUCUGGACUUAAUAGUGCAACGGCCGACACCGAAUCACCUUUACGACUGUCCUGAACCAUUGUGGACCCGUGGCUCGAGUGGUUACGACUCGGAGACGUCCAGCAUGGCUGCUGCAAGCCCCCAGCCUCAGAAUCCUUCCUACUCGCCGCAGCAUCAUCACGAUCCAAGGAUGCACCAUCGAUAUCCUCGCGAUGAUGCCUGUAAUCGAAACGGAAGGAUCUGUUGCCCGCUCGCGUUGUCCACCAGCAGCUGCAGCUCCACCGAAUGGGCUCACGUGGAUCAGGCUCAAGAAUGGACUCGCAAACCAAAUAACACUACCGUGAUCCGUAUCAAUCAGAUCCAGAACCAGAACCACAGGUUCGUUGGAGGACCAGUUCGUCCUAAUUCGCGGGGAAAUUACGAGGACGAGAUCGACAACGAACCGCUUUACGAUCCAGUGGCGCCGAGGAUCGACUACGAGGUCCACGAUUUCGACGCGAAUCCACGUGACGAGGCUAAUCGACGCUUGGCUUAUCGAAGGGACAAUAUGAGGCAGCAGGACGUCAUUUACGACGGACCUGCCGACGACAUUCCCCCGUAUCACGCAUCCAAAGAAAAUGGCACACAAGAGGCAGAUAGGAAAACCAUAACCACCGUGGAGAUUCAUCAGUCGGUGUGCCCGCCGGCGCCACCGCCGCCUCUUUCUUACAAGUGGUCCGCAGAAACGAAGCCAAUGAACGCAAAGGGCAUGCAAAUGGGCAGCACGAUGUCGAUGGGCAGCACAGGAUCAACGGAGACCGAGUCGAGCCUCGAGUCUUCAUGCAGCAAAGACUCCGCGUCGACCUCCUCCUCGUUGUCGACGUCCUCCUGCGAGCCACCGUCGACGGUCUCCUUCGGCUCGAUCACAGCUGCCUCCACAGGGACCAAUAAAACCAACGACACAGCCGCAACCGUGCACGCCGUGUCUCGUAACACCGCGACAAGAACGUCGCCGAUCGUCUGCACCGAUCUGAGCACAGCAAUCACGCAGGAGUUGCAGAGGCGGGCGCAGCAGAGGAGUAUGAAUAACGCGGCGAAAAUGGACGCAGCUAAGGAGAAGGCGCUCGAGCCGCGGAAGCUGCAAAACCCGGAAGCACUGAGGGCGCAAGAACAGAAAGUCACACACGAUAAGCUGAUGGAGGAGUUCAAACGUGCCCAUAGGAAGAUGUUCAACUCUGUCCAGCAGAAAGUUCAAUUCUCCGAACAGCCUGCGGAGCAGGAGCAAGAGAAAAGGGUAUUGAACACGGCGCCAAUAAACAUCCCGCCGGCGCCUCCGGCACCUCAGGCGUCUCCUCCGGCGCCUCAGGUGGCUCCUCCGGCACCUCCGGCGCCUCCAGCACCACCGGCGCCGCCUCCGCUUCCGCUCCCCUCGAAGACCAAGAGCGCGGAGGACUCGGUGGAGAUGCAGAGCAUCGAGUCGUUCAAGCUGAAAGAGACGCCUAACCCGGUGAUCCCGAAACCGCCGCCAACCUACUUCCCGAUACAGAACUCGACGUCCGCGACGGCGAACGGAAGUCCACGACACAACGGUACCGGAAACAAGCCGCAGGUGAACGGAAAAGAGGCAACGACAAGUCCUAUAUUGGACACAUCGAAGAGUAACGCGUCUACGGCAGGUGUUAACACGCAGAACUUGAAACCGAGUACUGGAAAAGUUGCUAUUAGGAUAGGAGCUUAUGAAGGAGAAGCUAAACAACCGUCGAAGCUUGACUUUCUGUCGCAACAGUCUCGAUCCGAUAGGAAUGGUACGGAUGAACUGGCGAACGGGCCAGUUGUGUCGAGGCUGCAGAACGAGUUGGCUGCCACGUUGCAAAGAUCUAACCUAAGAAGAAAGACUGAUGGGGAAUCACAGCCAGCGAUUAAGCCGAUCCCUGAGAAUACAGCAGUGUCCGUCAACGAGACAACGAAUUCAGAGCCUGGAAAGCUGGCCCAGAGUAGCAUCGAGAAGCUCGCGUCCGCUCUGAACAAUAAAGUCACCAUCAAAGUGAACCCGGAGCAUAGUAACCGAUAAGAAACAUUAGCUUUCGUUCGUAAGCAGACAAGAGAAAAGCAAAAAAAAAAAAAGAAAAAAAGGAAAAAAAAAUGCAAGAAAAGUCGAAACGAUCCGUUUUUAGGAGUCCACCAUGUACCUCUGCCACUUUGUACAUUUUUGCACGCUCUUUGAACCUCUAACAUCGACUUUUUAUUCUAGACGAAAGAAUCGCUCCCCCUAUUGGCGAGCUUCUUUUUUACAUCUUUUACCUGUACGUCUUUUUUUAUAUGUUAUUUAUUAUCGAGUAAGGAGUAAGAAGGCUAAAAUAAAAAAAGAAAAAAAAGAAAAAAAAAUACAAGAAGUAUCCUUAACCAAGCGAGACAACUAGCGCCGCGACAACCUUUUAUCACGCGGAGCCGGGUGUCUUUGAAAAAAAAAAAAACCGAAAAAAAAAGAAAAAAAAACAGAAGCGAAACUUAGUCCCUCUCCGUCGCCGACUAAUGUAC